GCUAUAAAAGGGACCACUCGGAAACUGCGUGUUGGCAGUCGGCUGAAUGAAAAUGCCAGGAUCGUCAAGAAACGUGUUGCUCGUGCUGUCAAUUUGCACUCUGCUCGGCUCGGCGUGCAGCAAGAUUUACGAGCGCUGCGAGCUUGCCAAGGAACUCCGGGACCGCUUGCGCGUGCCAGCAGAGCAACUCGCGACCUGGGUCUGCAUUGCAGAGCACGAAUCAAGAUACAACACUUCUAUUAUUGGCACCCUGGCCCAAGGAAAGGAUCACGGAAUUUUCCAAAUCAGUGACUUGUAUUGGUGUGAGACGGGUGACGUUGGUGGAGCUUGCGGGAUAGACUGCAAUUCGUUACUGGACGAUGACAUAAGAGAUGACUACGUUUGUGCUCGUAGAAUAUAUAGAGCGCACCAGGGCCUUCAGGGAAACGGUUUCAGAGCUUGGGCAGUUUACCAGCCUCACUGCUCAGCCGGGCAAGCGGCAAAUGAAGCGAAAUACACGAAUGAUUGCUUUGGACAAGACUCGUCGCGGGUUGAGGAACCAGCUCAACGCAUUCAAGUUGAUCAGCAACCAGGGGCUCUGACUUUGUACUUCACAGGAUUUGGAUAUCCUUAUUACACUUAUCAAAAUAUAUUUUAAUAAAAUGAAUAAUUAAAACUAACUUUAACCAAACAUCACCCGUCACUCUCAGAGCUCCACUAACAGAAAGUUUUCUGCACUUCAGUCAAAUGUGGGGAGAUCAUGUUUUCUCCUGCAACUGCACGCCAUGACAAUGUAACUUUUGCAGGGAAAUCAUUGAUAGAGCUCAAUGAAAAUUACAACUGUCAAAAAGGUUUCUUUCAAAUGGUUCUCAAGAUACCAAUAAACGAUAAAAUAUCAGCUAA